UUCUGUCAUACUGCAUGUAGGAGCGGUUAGUGGAAGCGUCCCUGAUGGCGGAUGAAUGGAAGAAGAAGUGCGAUUUGGAGUGGCACCUGGGGUCUAACCAUGUCCCAAUGCCCGACAGCGUAGACUGGAAAACCGUCUACGGAAAAAAACCAUUCGAGCGGAAUUUACUCAAGAACCCGCGGCCCCACGACGUGACCCACGAGGCACCGCCACCCGAGCGCGAGAUUCCGGGAGUACCUACGAGAGAUGACGUGCCCCCCCAAUUAGAACCGACGGGUGAUUUUGCAGGUUGGACAACCAGCACAGAGGUGUUGCCAUAUGAUACAAACAACAUACCACCAGGUGCGGUGGUCUGCUAUUUGCCGCAGUACAGGUGGUUUUCAAUGUCACAGCAGAUUGACCUGAAGGCUGAGGGUCUGUGGGAUGAGCUACUGGACAAGUUCCAGCCAGAUAUAGUCAUUGAGGACUGGUAUGAGGAGAGUCAGCUUGAUGGUUCUAUCUAUGAGCUUCAUGUGAAGUUGCUGGCUGCUGAUCAGCAGACUGUCUUAAAAGAACACCAGUGUAUGCCCAUGGAGAACCUGGAGAAAUACUCCCACAACUGGAAACGGGUUUCCCACACUUUCUCAGGCUAUGGGCCCAGUGUGAGGUACAUCCACUUCCAGCACAAAGUGAAAAGCAAGUUUAUGGUGGAAUUCUUUGGUACUUUGGUCACAGACAGCUCUGUGGUCAUCAAGGCAAUCAGAUCCACUUCAUAAUUACCCUGCAGAGACCUAGAGAUAAGGCCCUGGUGGGCAGAACAGUUUCUUCUUUUGUGUGAUCGCAUUGUCAAACCUUAAGCCUUAAAGUUUGCUGAAGAGUGAAAUGCCUUUUAGCAGAUGUAUUGAACCUUUUAAUAAACCAAGGUGUUUGACAAUGUU